AACAUUUGAACGUCGAGCUCUUUUGGCUCUCAACAUUUAUAAUGGAAUUUUCGUCUUUUCACUUUUUCUCCAUAGUCACUUUCUCUCACUCUCUUUUUAUUUCUUUAGAAUUGACUGACUUUUCUUUUUAAAAGAAAAAAUAAUAAUAAUCUUGUUGACUACAAACUGAAGUUUAUACCCCAAACUAUUCUUUUUUAUUUAAUUAGAUCCUUUUCUUUUGGAAAUUAUUAAUUUUUUUUUUUAUAUAAAAAAGACAUUAAUAUUAUUAUAGUGAUAUAGGUUUUCCAUUUGUAUAAAAAUGACCACAAAAGAAACACGGUUUUGCGUAUAAACUCCCAUUUGGCUCUGUAGCCUCAUACUUCUCCAUCUUCAUCUUCAUCUUCAUCACAAUAUUUCACAUGUUUUAUGUUUUAUUUUGUCCAUUUAAAUGACAGGAUCCAAAUCCCAAUCAGAGUGCUGCACGUGUGGAGAUUUUGGUUUAUCUUUUGAGCUUUUUCACUGCAAAAUCUGCCAAUUCAGAUCCCAACACAGGUACUGUAGCAAUUUGUAUCCCAAAGCCGAUUGUUACCGAAUAUGCAAUUGGUGUCUAACUCAAAACCAAGAAUCAAACCCCAAAUCCCCAAAUUCUUCUUCCUCGCCCAUCAUCAACAACAACGAUCAAUUUCCCAAUUUUCGAUCUCGACUCAACAAACCCAUCAAAAAACAGAGUUCCUCCUCUCUUGUAAUUUUGCCUCCUCCUCCUCCUCCUCCCCCUCCGCCUCGCCGGAGACUCAUUUCCGUCGACGACAAACUCCGUCGGACUAGAUCGGAGGAGAUUUCCCACCGGACUGGGAUCAAGCGGCCCGUCAUCUUUAGGAAUAAAGUCAGAAGGUACAAACUUCUGGACGAGGUUUCCAGCUGAAUUAAUUUUCAAAUCAUAUCUGUGUUCUUUUUUUCCUUCUUCCUCUUCUUUUUAGGAUUACUAAAUAUUAAUGAAAUAUAAAUUUAAAAAAAAAAAAAAGUGGAAUCCACUAAAUAAGUUGUUGGAUUAUUGGUUGUGUAUAAAAUAGAUCUGUAAAUUAUGUGUAUAAAAUAGUUAUAUAAUUAAUAACAACUAAAGAUUAAUUAAAAAAAUUAAUACUGUUUGUGUGUGUGUGUGUGUUUUAAUAUAUAAUUGGAUUUGUGAA